AUGGGUGAUGAAGAAUGGAAACGAUUGAAUAUAACAAAAGGUCGAACAUCGUAUAGUCAAGAACGUAUUUGGCUUGAUGAACCAAUUCGUUCAACUUAUACUGCAAAAGAUGAAAAUUUAUAUGAUUAUAAUUAUGUUAAAGUUUAUCAAAUAGAAGAUGGAUUUUUAUCAAUCAAUCGUUUUCGUCAAUCAAUUGAAAAUGUUAUCAAACGAAAUGAAAUCUUUCAAACCGAAUUAGAUUAUAGUUUAGAUGAACAUGGAAUUGAACAAAUAAUAAAAAAAUCAAAUAAAUUAAAUGAUUCAUUUGAAAUAACAAAAGUUGAUGUAUUUGAUCAAGAUAAAAUUAAUGAAAUUAUUUAUUCGGAACAAAUAACAAAACAUUUUGAUUUAAAUAAAGGAGAAAUUUUUCGUUGUCAUUUAUUAAAACAAUCAAAUAAAGAUAAAAAUCGUUUAAUUAAAAAUGAUUUUAUUUUAUUAAUAUUUCAUCAUUCAGCCAUUGAUAAUUAUUCAAGAUUUUUAUUUUUAAAACAAUUAACAUCAGAAUAUCAAAAUGAAAAAAUCAAUUUAGAAGAAAAUGAAAAUCAAUUAAGAUUUAUUGAUUAUUCAUAUUAUGAACGUCAAUUAGAUUUAACAAAAUGUGAAGAAUUUUGGCAAGAAUUAUUUUCUGAUUAUAGUUUUAAACAAAGAAUAAAUCUUCCAUAUGAUAAUAAAUUAAUUUUUAUAUCUUCUGGUUCAAUUUAUUCAUUUCAAAUUGAUAAAUCAUUAACAAGACAAAUCUUUCGUUAUAAAAAAAAACAAAAUAUUAAUUUUUUUCGUUUAUUUUUAUCAACAUUUUAUUGUUAUUUAUUUAAAAUAACUCAAGAUACAGAUUUUAGUGUUCUUGGUGUAACACCAAAUCGUUAUAAAUCUCAAUUAACAAAUAUUAUUGGACCAUUUGAAAAUUUUAUUGUUUAUCGACAUAAUCUUGAUCCACAUCAAUCUUUUAAUCAAUUUAUUCAAACUAUUGAUGAAUUCUGUACGAAUAUAAAAGAAAAUAGUUUUUAUCCUUAUCAAAAUUUAAUUGCAUAUGCAAGAAAAUUUGGUUCAAAUCAAACACCUUUUUCUCAAGUAUCACUUCGUGUUGAUAUUAUUGAUGAUCAAUGGAAUCUUGAUCCGGAGAAUAAUCUUCUUUUAAAUGAAAUUAAUUUAACAAAUCAUAGAGAAUUUAAACGAGAAACAAAAUUAUGUCCUGUUGAUUUAACUUUAAAUGUAAAAAUUAAUUUAGAAAAACAAACAAUUCAAUUUUAUUUUGAAUAUGCAAAUAAAUUAUUUGAAGAGAAAACAAUUGAUACUUUUGCUGAUAGAUUUAAAAAAAUACUUGAACAUUUAUUUGAUAUUCAAUCGAAUUUUGAUUUAGAUGAAGAACCCAUUUAUAAAUUAUCAAUUAUUUUACCAUAUGAAGAAUCACUUAUUAAUGACUUAAAAGUUAAUGAUAGACCAGAAUUAACAUAUCGUUAA